ACCAUGGCCAAGAGAGUAGCCAUCGUUGGGGCAGGUGUGAGUGGACUGGCCUCUAUCAAGUGCUGCCUGGAAGAGGGGUUGGAGCCCACCUGCUUUGAGAGGACCAGUGACAUCGGGGGAGUGUGGAGGUACACGGAGUAUGUGGAAGAGGGAAGAGCCAGCACCUACAAAUCUAUGAUUAGUAAUACUUGUAAGGAGAUGUCGGCCUUCACAGACUUCCCCUUCCCAGAAGAUUUCCCAGUCUUUUUACCCCAUGCUAAGUUCCUGGAAUAUCUGCAUCUGUACACGAAACACUUCAAUCUCUGGAAGUAUAUUCAGUUCCAGACUACAGUGAUCAGCAUAAAGAAGCUCCCUGACUUCUCGACCAGUGGCCAGUGGGAUGUCAUCACAGAGACCAAUGGGAAGCAGAAUUCGGAUGUCUUUGAUGCAGUGAUGGUUUGCAUUGGUUUUGUCACUGAGCCCUUGCUGCCCCUCAAGUCUUACCCUGGUAUAGACAAGUUUAAUGGGGAGUAUUUCCAUAGUCGGGACUACAAAACUCCAGAUGUGUUUGCAGGUAAAAAAGUCCUUGUUGUUGGCAUGGGUAAUUCAGGAGUUGAGAUUGCCGUGGAAGCCACUCGCACAGCAAAAAAGGUGAUGAUCAGCUCAAAUAAAGGUGCUAGGGUGAUGAGUCGGAUGUUCGAUAAUGGCUAUCCAUGGGAGAUGGCGUUCCUAACUCGUUUUUUGUAUCUUGUUCGGAAUUUCCUCCCUGCCCAUGUGACUGGCUGGGUCAUCAUACCUCGAGUGAACCAGUGGUUUAACCAUGCAAACUACGGGGUGGUCCAAAAGGACAGGUCUGUGAUGAGAGACAUAGUAUUGAAUGAGGAAUUCCCUGGAUACAUUGCAAGUGGGAAGGUGUCUAUCAGACCUGGUGUGAAGGAGUUCAAGGAAAACUCUGUUGUGUUCAAGGGCAGUCAGGAGGCAGAGGAAGUAGAUGUUGUUGUCUUUGCCACUGGAUACAAAGCUUCUUUUCCUUUCAUUGAUGAGUCCAUCAUCAAGGUUGAAAACAAACAUGCCUCCUUGUACAAAUACAUUUUCCCACCUCAGCUGGAAAAGCCAACACUGGCCGUCAUAGGCGUCCUUAGGCCUUUUGGGCCAGUCAUGCCACUUGUGGAAACUCAAGCACGCUGGGUCACCCGAAUCUUUAAUGGCUUAUGUAAAUUGCCUCCAGUGAACACAAUGCUGGAAGAGGUCCAUGAAAAGAAGAUAAACAAGUCCAACUGGUUUGGCUUCAACUUUGAUGAGGUUCAGAAGAUUGAUUGGCUUUUUUACAUGGACCAAUUGGCCUCCUUAAUCGGCAUAAAGCCCAGUGUACCAGCUCUACUUCUCAGCGAUCCAAAAUUGGCCAUUAAAAUCUUCUUUGGGCCUUGCUCUCCCUACCAGUACCGCCUGGUUGGGCCAGGGAAGUGGGACGGAGCCAGGAAUGCCAUCAUGAGCCAGUGGGAGUGGACCCUGAAGCCUAUGAGAACCCAGGCAGUAGAAGACCAGUCCAGUUCCUUUGGAUACUUGCUGAAAGCCCUUUCCCUGUUUGCAGUCUUUGUUGGGAUCCUCUAUGGUUUCAGUUUGUUCUGA